AUGGAUCAAACGUCAUCGAAUACUGAAUUAAAUCACGAAAACCAAACGGAGCAACCGAUUCCUCGUCGACCCACUGGUGUAAUCCAAACGGAGCAACCGAUUCCUCGUCGACCCACUGGCAUAAACCAAUCCAUAUUAUCUUCAUCGAACGUUACAGCUGAAGCACUACCACCAUCACAGCAACAACCUGGAACUGCAUUUGGUGCGGCAUCUAAUAUAACCCAGCCAAAGAGGGCGCCAUCUUUUCGAACGGCCAUUACAAAUACAGGAACAAACACACCGCCUCCCAAAAUAUUAACAAACAGCUCUAAUAGAGUACCAACUACCUCCGGUAUUCAUUCUCCUCAACAAUCGACCCCAUUCGAUGCUACAUCACGCCCAAAUUUUUCGAUAAGAAACCCUAGUGUUUCCUUUAGUGAUAUUGAUUCUCAAGAGAGACUACGUCGUUUUACUAUAUCGUCACAGCCGUCUUCAACCAGUGUGCAUAUACAACAAAAUGAUCAACAUCAUACUUCUUUGGAAAAGGAUUUUAUAAACACGCCAUCUUUGCAUACUUCGAUUCAACAAUCUUCUACUUUGUCUAAUGUUCCUUCGCGCCAAUCCUCCUUGAAUCGAAAAAAGAACGCUCUUAACAAUGACAGUGGCUUGCUAUUCACGGGGAAAACUUUAAAUUUAAGUUCAGGCGCUGCCACUUCUUCACAAUCUAGUCUAGAGCACCUUUCAUUAGAUGCAAUGGCGAGUUUUGAAGGUUUGAGUAAGAGCCAAAGUCUUGAAACUGGUUCGGGAAGGAAUCUAAAUUCUCCUAGUCCACCUCCAUUUGAAAGAAUCCCUAGUAAUGUUUCCGCUUUUUCUCCAACAUACAGUGUAAGCAAUAUAAGUUCAUCGGUGGUGCCUAUUAAAAUAAAUGGAACAGGAACAGGAGCAGGAACAGCGAUAGGAACAGGAACAGGAACAGGAACAGGAACAGGAAGCAAUAGUUCCUCUAGAAGAGGCUCUAUCAAGAAAUCAAACAAAACAAUUGUUGCUUCACCAGUAGGACCACCAGUUCCCUUUCAAGAAUAUCUACACAAACAAGAUGAUGGUAAGUUUCACAUCUUAUUAGGUUGUACCGGAUCUGUUGCAACUAUCAAAGUGCCUUUGAUCAUUGACAAAUUGUUUCAAAUCUUUGGCGCGUCAAAGAUUUCGAUUCAGUUGAUUGUUACCAAAUCAGCAAGUCAUUUUCUAAGAGGUUCAAAAAUUAAUGCUGAUGUAAAGAUAUGGCGAGAUGAAGAUGAAUGGACAAAUUACAGCAAAGCAUAUGCUACUACAACAAGCACAACAUCUUCGACCCAAAACCUUAGUGUUAACAAAAAGCCCAAGAAUCCGUAUGAAACAAUGAUACUUCAUAACGAGUUGAGGAAAUGGGCCGAUAUUAUGUUGGUGGCACCACUUUCUGCAAACACACUAGCCAAAAUUGCUAAUGGAAUUUCAGAUAAUUUAUUAACUUCAAUUAUUAGAUCAUGGUCUCCAACUACAGCACAACAAGUCAAAAAGCCGCUUAUUGCAGCACCCGCCAUGAAUACGUUUAUGUAUACUCAUCCCAUUACAGCAAAACAGUUGGCGUGUUUAAGUUCGCCUGAGUUUGGUAUUGAGAUAUUGAAACCGGUUGAGAAGAUUUUGGUGUGUGGUGAUAUUGGAAUGGGUGGUAUGAGGGAGUGGACAGAUGUCGUUGAUAUUUUGAGAAGGAAGAUAAUUGCUGUUAGGACAGAAAGGAAGAAGCUAGAUGAGGCAAUUGGUAAUUUAGUGGAGGAGGAAGAGGAGGAAGAGGAGGAAGACGAAGACGAAGACGACGAGGAAGACGACGAAGAAGACGACGAUGAAACUCGCGAUAACGAGGAUGAGAAUAACGAAGAUGAUGACGAGGAUGACGAGGAUGAUGACGAUGUGAACAAUGGCAAUAGUGAAGAGAAUAGUUUUAACAUAAACAGCGACAUGAAGCGAAGAAAAGGUGCCAAUUCAGAAAGCAUUGAAGAGUUACAGUUGAACAACAUUGAUGAAGGUAACGAGGAAAUGAUUUUUGAAAUAACUGAUCAAGAACAUAGUGAAGGGGAAGGAAGUGGGGAUAGUGCCAAUGCAGGAUUAUCACCUACUCUUUCACAUCGUCAACAACGUAUUACCAUCCCUAAGGAAACAAAGAAUAUUAUUUAA